GCUGUGCGUCAGCUGUUAUCAGCGUGGUCAAAUUCGAAAAUCUAAAUAAAUAUACUCGUGAUAUGGCGCGUUUGUGAAUGAUAGAAGUAGAACUGAGUACAAUUUCAAGAAGAUUUAAGCCGUAAAUAACAAAAAAUUUUUAGUACACCUCCGUGUCAUGGAUGUCCAAGAUUAUGUAUACAAGUUAAAUACAGGACGAGAGUUUCCCAUGGUUGGAUUUGGCACAUAUAAAAUAAAGGGAAAAAAUCUAAUAUACAGCGUAAUUGAUGCUGCACUCAAAGCUGGAUACAAAUCUAUCGACACUGCUGCAGUGUAUGGCAAUGAGGAGGACAUUGGCUUAGCACUUAAAGACUUACUGCCAAAAUACAACCUGAAAAGAGAAGAUAUAUUUAUCACAACCAAGUUAGCUCCAUCUGAUUUUGGCCGUGAAAGAGCUGUGAAAGCUGUUGAGAAGUCUCUUAAGAACUUGGGUGUAGAUUACAUUGAUCUGUACUUGAUUCACUGGCCUGGUGUGUCAAGUGUUCCAGUGGACAGCAGUGUCCAUCGUAAGGAACGUUUUGAAACCUGGGAAACACUGACAAACUUGUACAACACCGGUUGCCUCCGUGCCAUUGGAGUGUCUAAUUACACUGUGCGGCAUCUUGCAGAGCUGCUUGACAAGGACAACAUUGUGAAGCCUGCUGUUAAUCAGGUUGAGCUUCAUCCAUAUUUUCGACAAGAACAACUGAGAACUGCAUGUGAAAAAGCUGGCAUUCUUGUCCAGGCAUACUGCUCUUUAGGUGGAUCAGCAGGAGCAAACCAUUUGCUGAAUGACUCCACUGUGGUUGAAGUAGCACAGCGUCUUGGUAGAACACCAGCACAAGUAUUAUUGCGCUGGGCACUGCAGCUCAAUGCAGCUGUGAUUCCAAAAUCUGUGAACCCAGAUCGCAUUGCAUCUAAUAUAGCUCUAAACUUUGAGCUUCUACCAAAAGAUAUGGAGUUAUUGAACAGUUUAAAAACUGUGAAAAAGUUUGCAUGGGAUCCUGAAAUAGUUGCUUAA